AUGUCUCGAGUUACGAACAAUACUGAGAAUAGAAUAGAUUUAGAAGAUGUUCUCGAUAAGUUCAGUGUAUAUAGUUAUUAUUUUAUGAAGAUAUCCUUUUUGAUGUGUCUUAUCUUCUUAUCUAAUAGUGUCUACUCGUGUAAUUAUAUUUUUGCAACCGAGAAAACUUCUUACAGAUGCAAGGAUCAAUCGAUAAAUAAUUCCGACCACAUACAAGACGAUUGUAUGGAAUGGGAAUAUGACAAUCCAAAUACAUUUAUGGCUGAAUUCCAAUUGGCUAAUCAAGAAUGGAAAAGGACUCUUGUUGGGACCACGCAUUGCUUUGGUUAUAUGGUCGGAUUGUUAAUUGUUGGUCCACUUUCUGAUAGAUUAGGUAGAAAAAAUGCUAUAGUAGUAACAGCAGUACUUGGAGGAGUGUUUGGUGUGGCAAAAAGUUUCUCUCCUUUGUAUUGGUUGUAUAUUGCACUAGAGUUCCUAGAAGCUGCAAUAGGGGAUCCAGGGUCUCCGGCGUAUAUCCUAAUUACAGAAUUGGUAUCGAAGAAGUACAGAAUCAUAUUUAUAAUGAUCAGCUCAUUCGGAUGCGUUCUUGGUGGGUUCGUUACAGCCUUAGUGGCGUGGCUAGUACCAUACUGGAGAUAUUUCUUAAGAGUUGUCUAUACACCGGCACUUCUCUUCGUCUUUUAUAAAUAUAUGUUAUGUGAAAGUCCUCGUUGGUUAUUAAUCAAAGGAAAAAAGGAAGAAGCUAUUACAAUAUUAAAAAAAAUUGCAAAAAAUAAUAAUACGAAAUUGGAUAAUAUAGAAAAACUAUCUUGUGAAGAAUGCAAAGAGGAGAAAUUUCAAAACAUCCUUAAAGAUACGUUACAAUCUAAAUUAUUACGACGAAGGUUCUUUGUGUGUGUAAUUUGGUGGAUUACUUCUACAUUUGUUAAUUAUGGUUUAUCAAUUAACUCGGUUCUUCUUCAAGGAAAUAAAUACUUGAAUUACGCUUUCAUAUCACUAUUGGAAGUGCCAGGCAUUUUUAUAUUAACCUAUAUUUUGACACAUUGUAACAGAAAACUUCCUCUAAUGUGCUGUUUUACCGUCUCUGCAAUAUUAUGUAUCUCUCAACCAUUUAUUCCUUCAAAUUUGAUUUGGCUGUCGGUAAUCGUUUACGUUUCUGGUAAAUUGUUUUCGUGGUUUUUCUUUGAAAUAACGUACCUGUAUACAUCUGAAUUAUUUCCGACGCAUACAAGAAAUUCAAUGCACGCGCUUUGUUCUUCUAUUGGAAGAAUUGGAUCAAUGACAGCUCCACAAACACAGUUACUGAUGGCGUACUGGUCUGGUUUACCUCAGAUGUUAUUUGGUAUGACAUCGUUACUGGCUGCCGGAGUAACACUGUUAGUGCCAGAUGUUUCCAAUGAAGCAUUACCAGAUACAGUCAAACAGGCGGAAACGAUGGGUAAAACAGAUUACAAGAAAUCGGAGAUAGAAAAAAAUACGAUGACAGAUGUGACACGCUUAUGA